AUGAUCAUCACCUCUACUACUACUGGUGCUGUCCUUUCUAUUCUUCCAUCUUCUAGUUGUAAUACUAUACAAUCAUCUAUCAGUAAUUUAACAUUAAAUAAUGACAAUAGUACAAUAUCAUCAAGUGAUUUAUCAUUAUUAUCAAAAUCUGAACAAAAAAGCUUGUCUGACUUAUGUGUUAAUAAUCUUAAUAACGAGAAUGAUGAUAAUAAUCCCAUCAUUAGCGCAUCCAAUUCUCCAAUUUCCUCUAAUCUUAUAUGGAAUACUACUCAUACUAUAAGUGGCAAGAAUAAGAACCCCAACAACGAACGAGCAGCUAUAUCAUCAGUGAAAAAACAACAUACAAUGAAUAAUAAUAAUAAUAAUAAUGCCUCUUCUAAUUAUUCUGCUAUUAAACUUAAUUCAAAUGAAACUCCAACUAGUUUAGUAAAGCAACCAGUUCAUCCAAGAACAACAUUAAAAUGUCCGUUUUGUGAUAAAGUAUUCAGUAAUUCCAGUGCUAUUGCCAAGCAUAAGUUAACACAUAGUGAAGAACGUAAAUAUAUUUGUAUUGUAUGCCAUAAAGCUUUCAAACGUCAAGAUCAUUUAAAUGGUCAUAAGUAUACACAUGAAAGUCGUAAACCUCAUGCAUGUCAUUUCUGUGAUAAAUCCUAUAGUGAUUCACGUUCACUUCGACGACAUUAUGAAAAUGCUCAUCCCGAAGAGAAUGAACGUUGGAUGUUAUUAUGUCAAGCAACAAAUGGUGAUACAAGUGCCUUAUCUAUCGCUGCCGCCGCUGCUGCUGCUCUACUUUCCUCAUCAGCGGCGGCGGCAGCUGCAGCAGCAGCGACGACAGGACUUGAUGCUGAAUCUUCACUAUCUCGUGAUGCUGGUGGUGGUAAUGCUGACGGUAAUUCCAAUAAUGAUAAUAACGCUUCAUCGUUAGCCAUAUUGAAUGCCUUAAGUAAUAGUACAUCGGCAUCGUCAUCAUCAGCUGGCAGUACUAUUGUUGAUUCUUCUGCAAGUGUAAAUAAAUUGAUUGAAUUAGGUAAUCAAACUGGCCUAUCACCAGCUGCAUUAGUCGCCCUAGUCGCUUCUACAGGUUCUGCAUCGGGUCUUUCUUCAAGCUUACAACAGUUAGAUCGUUCUAAUUCGUCGACUUGUGUAUCUAAUAAUGCUAAGUCAUCAAAACAGUCAAUCUCAACAACUAGUCAAAAUGCCGGCGAAAAAUCUCUACGUUCCAAUCGUUCGUCAUCAUCAUCACCAUCACGAAUUGUCUGUCAUUCACCCAAUUCUCUCUCUAAACCAAUCUCUCCAAAUAAUAAUAAUGAUAAUAUGAUGGAUAUCAAUAUGGAAAGUGAGAAUACAAUAAAUGUAAUCACUGACGAAUUGUCGGACACCACCACAACGACAAUAUCAUCAGCAAGUGGAACACUGACACCAACCAUAACGAAUACAAUUUUUAAUAAAACAUUAUUUGCUAAUGAUGCCAGCAUUAAUCAUAAAAAUACUGUAACAAUUAACAAUUUUGCUUUGAAUCCAAUUGAAGUAGCGAAUGCUGCCAAAGUUGCUUUACUUAUGGCACAUCCAUUAGAAGAACCAAAACGUGUAGCAUGCGCUAUCUGUGCGAAACGUUUUAAGAAUCAAUCUGCUCUAAAUGGUCAUAUGCGACUACAUGGUGGUUAUGGGCCAGCUGGUUUAAUUGGGAUGAAUAACACGCCCACCACUACAACAACGACAUCACAAUCAAACCAAACGUAUACUACUACUAUUGAUAGUGACAUUAAUGAUAAUCAAGAAAGUAAUAAACCAAUACAUUUUAAUUUAUUUCAUGCAAGCUCUGAUCAUGUCAAGAAAAAUAACAAUGUUUUAGAUUCCAAGAAAAAAGGCUGUUCAACAUCUACUGAUAUAGACUCUCUAAAGUCAUUCAGUUUAAAAUCUCAUUCAAAGGCAUUUACAGCAUCAAAAAAUAACUGCGACUCUGUUUUAUCAAGUAUUGUUGGAGCAAAUACUAAACCUACUACAUUUGUGAUGACUACAACUGCUUCUUCAAAUCCUUCCAAUUCGACCGAUUUAUCGACAACAAGAGCUACUAAUACAACAAUAACAUCAAAUAAUUCCAUUACAAAUGUGAAUUCACCUAGUUCCACUCUAUUCGACUUGGUUAGUGCAUCACCAAAUACUUCAGAUUUGAAAAUACAGUCAUCUAAUAGUCAUGAUCAUCGUCAUCAUCCGAUGAAUAGUAAUAUUAAUAAUGAUAAUAAUACUUGGUCAUAUCCACUUAACAAACAAAUAUUAGAAUCAUCCUAUAACACUUCAUUAAUUGAUCAUUGUUGUAAUAGCCCUAAUAUGUUAAGUCAACAACAAAAGUCACAGUUAACAUUUGAUCAUCAAACUGAGUCUUUAUCAAAUAUUGUAGUUAGUUGUCAUCAUUGUCAACAUCAUCAGCCUAUAUUUACAUCAGCAUGUUCAACAUCAAUUCAUAAUAAUUCAUGGUUAUCACAAAAUGAUAAUCAUACAUCAGGACAAGAACAACAACAACAACAACUGUUUCGCAUAAAUUCGUCAGAAUUUGAUCAUAUUGUUGAUAUUAUUAAAAAAGAUACUCAUACUACUAAUAAUACCAUUACUGAUAAUGUUAAUAAUAAAAGUCAUCAUCAUGUAUCCGUUGAUGAAUCAUCUGUGUUAAAAUUUGGUUCAGCAUUUUCUUCAACCUCAUUGGUAAAAACUACUACGCCAACAUCAACAACCAUAUCGAAUGGUAGUUGUUCAUUAUUAUCACGAAAUGAAAAGUUUCCUUUGACAAUCAACACAUCGUUUCCAUUUGAAAGAACAAUGUUAAUAACAGAUCAGGGUACAACACCAUCCAUAAAACAUACAUCUUUACCAUCAUCAAUUCAUUGUUUAUCUAAUUCAAUCAUUACAACUUGUAAUAAUAAAUUUCUUAAUUCUUCAUCACAACGAUCUGAAUUAUUUGGUUUAAUGAAUAAUGAUGAUUGGUGGCAUCCAAUUUCAAACUCUACAAAUAGUAAUCAUGAUAAUGAUGUUCAGUGUCCAAUAGAUAUGCAUAUACUUGAUCAGAAAUGGUCAUCUAUUGAACAUAUACAAUCAUCGAAUCAUAAUAAUAAUUUAAAAGUGUUACCAAAUUUUCAAUUAAAGAAUCCUACAAAUACUACUGCUUUCUUUGAUGAAAAACAUAUGAUACAUACUACUAAUAUUAAUAAUGAUAAUAAUAUUAUGCCACCAAAUAUUCAUUUGACAUCAUUAUUAAAACUGAACAACAACGAACCUCCUCAUGUCUCAUCAUCAGUUAUACUUAAUUCGUCUUUAUUGUCUUCAUCAUCAUCAUCAUCAUCGUCGUCUUCACCACCACUAUCAUCCUUCUCUUGGUCAACACAACAACGAAAACAAGCACAUAAAUCUAGUUUUCACCGUCCAAUACCUCAACCUUUACAAUUAAUUAAUGAACCAAAUUAUCAAACACAACUUGGUAUUAGCAGUCAAUAUUCACCAAUUACACCAGCACCAAUGAAUAUGUCUAUGCACACAUUAAGUACAGAAUGUGGAGGACCUAGUAAUACUACUAUCUCAUCGUCAUCGGUAAACACCACAACAAUAACUAACUGUAUCAAUGUUGAUUCAAAUUUAUUUAUUGCUGAACAUCAACAUCUUCCAGUAAAUAAUAGCACUGAGUGCGACAAUUCCAACAAAUCUUCAUCAUCUAUAUGUUGUUUCGAUGCUAAUCGAUUAGGUUUAGGAAAUUUUUCAGAUUCAUUAUUAUUCCCUUCAUUGUAUAACAAUAAUGGUAGCAAUCUAAUCAUUGCUGAUAAUACCAACACUAAUAAUAACAAUAUAAAACCAUCUGGUAUUUCUAUGAUACCAUCAAUGAAUCAUGAUCGUUUAUUGAAUAUAACAACACAGAAAGGAAAUUUAUCAAAAUAUCAACAACAACAAAACUAUCAUCAACAACAAACUAACAAUCAACAAAGUCAACGUCAUCAUCAUCAAUAUCAACAGUUACAUGAUCAACAUAACAAUAGUAAUUGUCAUGAAUCAAAAGGUAACUGUAAUGUUUGUUAUUCACAACAUCAUCUUUAUCAUCAAGUACAACAACAACAUUCAGAAUCUAGACAAUUGCUUGACCAUAUUGAACAACAUCAAAAUCAAUUGAAUAUUUGUCUUUCACCAUCAUCAUCCUCAGUUCAAUCAUUACAAUUAAACAUUCCACCAUCAAUUUCAUCAUAUUACCCUAAUCGUCAUCAAUAUCAUGAACAAGGAGAUGAUAAUGAUCAUUUUAAUAAUAAUAAUAAUACAAUUUGUCGACGGAAUACAGAACCAUCGUCACAUACAUGUUCUCAAUAUUCAUAUUAUCAACCUGUUGUAAACUCAUUAGGUAGUAUGGAUUUUACACGUCAAUUCACACAUGAAUUUAUGAAUACAACUACAGUGCAUAAUAAUAACAAUAGUAUUUUUAUGCCUUCCACAUGCAUUUCAUUAUUGAAUCCAAAUUGUUGUUCUGUAAUGAAUAUGACAUUAUCAUCUUGUUGUAAUUCAACGGCUAAAACAUUAGCUACAACAACUUCUCCACUGUCUGUUAUAACGUCUUCAAAUUUCAUUCAUACAAUAAGUACAACUAAAACUACUCAUGCUUGUAAUAGUAAUCAAUAUUCAUUAUCAGUAAAUGGAAAUAAUUGUUUUAAUUUAAGUCGAAAUCGAUUACAGUAUAAACAACCACACCUUGGACCACCAAUAUCAUCCACACUGGAUCUUGAACAAGAACACCUUUAUUCUCUUCCACCACAACUACCAUCAUCACAUCAUCAUCAUCAUCAUCACUAUCAAAACCAUCAACAACAACCAACAAAGUAUUCAAUUACGUCAUCCACCUCAUCCUCAUCGAAUCAUGGGAUUUAUCCUUGUUUGGAUAAAAUUGAUAAUUGUCGCUUUUUCAAUGGCACUGAAUUAUUAUUACAAAAUCAACUUAAUCAUAUGAAUGGUUCUAUACGAAAUCACAAUAAUAUAAGCAAUAAUAAUACUAAAAAUAAUGUCGAUAAUAAAGAUCAUAAUUACAAACAUUUAUUCCUUCGUAAUGAACAACCGGAUUCAUUUAUAAAACAUACAUCUAGAAGUCAUUGUUGUUUAACCUGUUUAGAAGUAGAAAGGAAACGACAUAUUUCUGCACCAGCAGUUAACAGUAUUUCAACACAAUCCUCUUGGUCAUCAUUUUCAUUAUCUGUACCAUUGUCAUCAUCGUCCCAUAAUUCAUCAAUUUCUCCGCUAACCUGUCCUGGUAAUUCACAGUCCCAUUUACAACCAUCAGAUUUAACAAGCCAUAAAAAUGAAUUUCUGAAUAAAUCUUAUUUUUGUCUACCGGAAUAUGAUAGCCAUCAUUAUCGUCUUCAUCAUCAUUAUCAUCAUCUUCGCGGUCAUUAUUGCAAAGGUACUAAUUCCAGUGGAGUUGUUGGUGAUCAACCGUCAAGUGAUGUUGUUGCCGAAUUGUUAAUGCAAAGCCAUAUUACUGAUCCAAAUGGAUUAUCGUCACUAACAUGUGAUAUGCAUAAUUCUUGUCCAACAACACCAGAACUAUCGUUAACUCCAAUUCCAUCACCAGCACUAGCACAACCACCACCACUACCAUCGCAACACCAAACACCUUUAUUAGUAGCAAGGUCUACAGUAGAAACAGUUAACCAGUCAUUUUCCAUUUUAGAAGAUGAAUGUUUAUACCGACCAAUAAAUAUUAUGAACAAUAUGUCAAGUAUAUUUCCAACCAAUAAAAUGACAUGUAUUCCAUCAUCGUCAUCAUCAUCAUUUCUAGUGCCAUCAUUAUCACCGACAACGUCUCCACCAGUAUUACCAUUUUCAUUGCCAUCUGCAUUAUCAUCGAUAUCACAAGAAGAAACAACAUCUUUUUUUUCAUGUACCGAUUCACAUUUAAUGACUAAUUCAUUUCGUUCUAUGGAUAUAGAAGAUUUGAGUAUCGAACAACAUCAACAACAACACUUUUCAAAAGUACCAACUCAUCAUCAUCAUGAACAACAGCAUCAAAAAUUACCUAUCAGUUUACAUCUUCCAAUUACUUCUUCAUGUUCAGUGUCCAAUUUAAACCAGUCCGAAUUAUUGGACUUGACUGUACCACCAUCAAUUACACAAAAUAAUAAUAUUACCAACUGUGAUGAUCAGGGUGAAAUUACCAAAAAAACAAUAAAUCAGACAACACCCAACAAUAAUAAUAAUAAUAAUAAUAAUAAUAAGUAUCUUUGCAAUUCAGGAAACGAUUCGGUUGCAGCGAAACUUUCGAAAUCACUAGCUGAGGAUAAUUUAUUCCGUAAUCCAACAGCAUUACCGCCACCGAAAAAAAUGAAAAGUAAACCAGCGCCUAUAUCAAUUCCUCCACAAACCGGUGCAAAUUUGUCAAGAUUACGUUCUCCACGUGUAUGGAGUUCAAAACGCUCUUCGCUUAAUUCUAGUCCUCCACCAUAUACGCCACCUCCAAUGCUUAGUCCAGUUCGUCAAGGUUCCGGUUUAUUUUCUUCAUUAUCACGAUGGGUGCCAACUCCAACAUCUGUAUCAGGAGGAGGAACAUCAGUGAUGACGUCGACAGGGGCACGUUCCGUUGGGAGCGGAACACUGAUGAAUCGUCGAUUCUCUAAUUAUUAUUCAUCGAUCGCCCAUCAUAAUGACUCGGAAACUACUACUAUGUGUGCCACUGGCAGUGGGGUCAAUCUUGGUGGUCAGUUGAAACGACGUCAUGCAAGUAGCAGUGGUGCUAGGAGUAAUACCAGUGAGAUUAGCACUUCGAAUCAGAGUAUUAGUACAGUAGAUUCUAGUAAUAAUAUAUCUACUGGUCCUACUAAUGCUAAUGCUUUUAAUAAUAGUUAUGACAACAACACAAAUACAGGCUCAAUCACUGACUUGUAUAUGCGUGAUUUAAAUCGACCAAUAGCCUAUACACGUAGACGACGUCAACAGCUCACACCAAAGUCGGCUCCUGUGUUAAUUCUUGAUUGUAAUACAACCAAAGAUUCGGCGAAUCAAUUAAGAGAUCUUCAAGACAAUGAAUUACCACUUCAAUCUCAACAACAACAAUUCUCUAACACUGAUACCGUAUUUGGUUAUGAUGAUGAGACCAUGCGCCGUUUUGCCGAAGCUGAUGAAGCCUAUCGGUUAAGUAAACAAAAACAACAUCAAGAUAACCGUUUUAUGCGUCGUCCACGUGAUGCUGAGAUAAAUGCAUCUAAUGAUCAAAUCAAUCACCAUAUUAUUACUACUAGUCCUACUGAUGAUGACAAUAAUAACAGUAAUGACUCAAUUCUUAAUAAAACUGAUCACAGUUUCACCUUUGCUGAUGAACAGUUGUUAAAUUUUGAUUUCGAGAUGAAAACUAAAGCGACAAACUAUUCUGAAACAACAAUGCAAUUUAAUAGCGAUGUUGAAUUACACUCGGAGCAUGAAAUGGAGGAUGAGGAGGAGGAGGAGGAUGAUGAUGAAGGUGUUCCAACUAGUAUUAUUCCGCAUAUCAAUGUUGGUCACGCUUAUCAAGCAGAAAUUCCUGAUUUUUGUCAAGAAGUUACAUCAGCUGAAACUAACAAAGAAUCACCAUCCAAACGGGAAAUGUUACUGUGGUAUCCAGCUUAUCUUGAUGAAUAUGAUCCUAAGAAUAUAGAAUCAUUAAAUCUACUGACAAAAAUUGCUUGUUCACCAGCUGUACGUAAUUGUGGAUUAAAUAUGGAGUAUACAUUUCAUUUAUUAUGUAAAUAUAAAGGUGAUGUAGAAAUGACAUUACACGCUUUAUUACGUGAUACAUUAGUUGUUUAUGAUUAUGUAUAUGCUGAAACUACAGCUUGGACAACUGAAGAGAUUGUACGCUUUCAACAAGGUUUGGCUAUGCAUGGAAGAGAUUUUCAUCAAGUUUCAAAAGAUUUACAAGCAGCUGGAAUGAAUAAAACAGUUAAAGCUUGUGUAGAAUUCUAUUAUGUAUGGAAACGAAUGAAUACACCAUCUGAUGUUAAAUGGUAUCGUGAAAGGGCACGACGUCAACGUUCACUUCCUCGUAUGGAGCCAAUAAUCACAGAAGAGUCAUUAUCAGAACAAUUUGAAGCUUUUGAACAAUGUAAUGCAUAUACAACAGAUAUGAAUUCAACACAAACAUUAGACAGUAAUAAUAAUCAUAAUUCAUUUAAUGUACCUUAUAAUUUACGUCAUAAACAACAACAACAACAACAACAAACAACGAUAUCAGUUCAACCACCAUUAUCAUUAUCGACAAACAUGAAAUCAGAUCAUCAAUUGACUACUAAGAUGACUACCAAUGAUAUUGUUGUGAAUAAUGAUAAUAGUAAUUCCUUGGAAAAUUCCUAUGAUGAUUUUAUGGAUAUUGUUUUCAAUGAAUCUUUCCCCAUUUAUUAG